AUGCAACUCUUCACUCCAUCCUCGAUUCCUCUCCUCCUUGUCUUCCUCUCACUCCUCUCCAUCUCAACCACUACUGCAGCCCCCAAAGCCUCUUCACCACCUCCAGCAGGAGCAACCCCCGACGACAAAUGCCACCCCUGCCUUAUAAGGGAACUCCGCACGGUCCCCAAAUGCGAUCUUCUCUCGCCCUCCACCCCGGCCCUCCCAUCCUCCGAAAAUAACCCGGUCGUUAUCCAAAGGUACAAGGACACAUACCCAGACGUGGUUGACUGUUUGUGUUCGGCGGCCAAGUGGAUUGAAGUUGAGGGAGGACCCCAGGAUUGGAUCUCGAGGUGUAAUAAUGUCUGUACGGUUGCUGUUUUCAAGAACCAGAAGAAGAUUUUGGAAGGUUUUCAAAAGCGGUUGUCCUGUGAUGAAAGUGUUGGUGGUGGUGGCAGUGCUUCGCGGAAGUCACCACCAGCAGCUGUUUCUCAAAACCCCGUGACGCCUCCUGUUCGAAAACCGGCAAACGACGCAACACCAGCACUAGCACCACCCGCAGCAGCAGCGGCCCCAGAAGCGAGACCCGUCUCCGCUCUCAAGCCCGAAGAGGUCGCCGCCACAAAACCGGACCCCAAACCCGCUGCAAAGGAGUCAGCCGCUUCUACCGCUAGUACUAGCAACGCUACGCCCAACACGAAAGGUAGCAAAGUGGGAGGAGACGCGAAACCCGCCUUGUAA